GCGGAAGCCCGGGCCGCGCGGGACUGGCCGUCGGGGCCCCGGGACGGCGGCCCGCGGGACGCCCAUGCCAUGGAGAAGUUGGCGGCCGGGCUGGCGGGCCUGCGCUGGAGCAUGGGCGCCUUCCCGCUCGACCUCAUCGUCAGCCGCUGCCGCUUGCCCACGCUUGCCUGCCUCGGGCCAGGGGAGUAUGCCGAGGGCGUCAGUGAGCGAGACAUCCUGCUCAUUCACUCCUGCCGCCAGUGGACAACGGUGACAGCCCACACCCUGGAGGAGGGUCACUAUGUCAUCGGGCCCAAGAUUGACAUCCCCCUGCAGUACCCAGGGAAGUUCAAGCUCCUGGAGCAGGCCCGGGAUGUUCGGGAGCCAGUGAGGUACUUCAGCAGCGUGGAGGAGGUGGCCAGCGUCUUCCCCGAUCGCAUAUUUGUGAUGGAAGCCAUCACCUUCAGUGUCAAGGUGGUGUCAGGCGAGUUCAGCGAGGACAGCGAGGUGUACAACUUCACGCUGCACGCCGGCGACGAGCUCACUCUCAUGGGCCAGGCGGAGAUCCUGUGCGCCAAGACCACCAAGGAGCGCUCACGCUUCACCACCCUGCUGCGCAAGCUGGGCCGGGCCGGGGCCCUGGCCGGGGUGGGCGGCGGCGGCGGCGGCGGCCCGGGGGGCACGGGGGCCGCGGGUGGCAGCGGGGGCGCCAGGCCCAUCAAAGGCAAGAUGCCCUGCCUCAUCUGCAUGAACCACCGCACCAAUGAGAGCCUGAGCCUGCCCUUCCAGUGCCAGGGCCGCUUCAGCACGCGCAGCCCGCUGGAGCUGCAGAUGCAGGAGGGCGAGCACACGGUGCGCGCCAUCAUCGAGCGCGUGCGGCUCCCGGUGAACGUGCUGGUGCCCAGCCGGCCGCCGCGCAACCCCUACGACCUACACCCGGUGCGGGAGGGCCACUGCUACAAGCUGGUCAGCAUCAUCUCCAAGACGGUGGUGCUGGGGCUGGCGCUGCGCCGCGAGGGCCCGGCGCCGCUGCACUUCCUGCUGCUCACCGACACGCCCCGCUUCGCGCUACCGCAGGGCCUGCUGGCCGGGGACCCGCGUGUCGAGCGCCUGGUGCGCGACAGCGCCUCCUACUGCCGCGAGCGCUUCGACCCCGACGAGUACUCGACCGCCGUGCGCGAAGCGCCCGCCGAGCUGGCCGAAGACUGCGCCAGCCCGCGCCGCGCGCGCCUCUGCCUGCCCGCGCCCCCGCGCGCCCUCCGGCCCGCCCGCGCCCCCGCCUCCGGCCCCGGCCCGCCCGGCGACGGCGACCAGGAGGAGUACGUGAGUCCCGACUGGGCCGGCGCGCCCGAGCCCGCAGCGCCACCCGCCGAGAUCCCCUACGAGGAGCUGUGGACGCACCAGGCGGCUGAAGGCUUCGCCGAGGGCAGGACCCGGCCGCUCCCGGGGCCCGACCUCAUCUCCUUCGGGACCACCGGGCCGCCCCACCUGGAGCCCGAGGCGGCCCCGCCUCCAGUGCCUCCCAAAUCCGAGGCGGUGAAGGAGGAAUGCCGCCUGCUCAAUGCCCCUCCUGUGCCCCCCCGAGGUGGCAGUGCCAAUGGCCGGCUCUCGGGCAGUCCCCCGGUGCCCCCACGCUUCCCCAAGCUGCAGCCUGUCCACUCCCCCAGCUCCAGCCUCUCCUACUACUCCUCUGGCCUCCAGGAUGGGGCGGGCUCCCGCAGUGGCAGUGGCUCUCCGUCACCGGAUACCUACUCCCUCUAUUGCUACCCAUGCACCUGGGGAGACUGCAAGGUGGGCGAGUCCCCCAGCCGCCCACGCCCGGGACCCCUGCCCUCGACUACGCAGCCCAGCCAGGCCUCCCGGGCCCUUGUAGAGCCCCUGAGCAGUGGAGCUGCUUCUCUCUGGGGGGCCGACACCCCGGUCAAGACCUACCACAGCUGCCCGCCUCCAUUCAAGCCCUCCCACCCCCAGAAACGCUUCGCUCCCCUUGGAGCUCUGAACCCCUUUUCCGGACCUGCCUACCCCCCAGGCCCUUCAGCUGCCUCCUCUUCUGGGCCCACAGCCAGCUCAGGUCCCCUGGCUACCUCCAGCCCCGCUCAUUCCCCGGGCCCGGGCCCUCCAGGCCAGGCCUGUUCCGCGGCUGCCUCCUCCUGCUGUCCCACCUCCUCCUCCUCUUCCUCUGAGCGGCAGACACCUGCCCUGGAGCCCUCUGAUCCCUUUGAGCUGGGCCGGGGCAGUUCUCCAGAGCCGGAGCUGCUGCGCUGUCAGGAGCCCAGAGCUGUGAGGGCUCCUGGGCCUGGGCCUGGCCUUCUGCCACUUGGACCCCCCAAGGCCUUUGAGCCUGAAGGUUUGGUGCUGCGGCACGUCCCCGCCCCCCUGUCCCCCGUGGCCCUGCAGGGGCCCGAAGCAGGCAGAGCACGACUCCUUCUCACCCAGGGGCGCCUGGAAGGGCCUCCGGCCAGUCCCCGGGAUGGGGCCACAGGCUGGGGCGGCCGGGAUGCCUCCUCCUGGCAGCCCCCCGCUGACCUGUCUGCACUCUCCCUGGAGGAGGUCUCGCGAAGCCUGCGUUUCAUCGGGCUCUCGGAGGACGUGGUGAGCUUCUUUGCCCGAGAGCGCAUUGACGGCAGCAUCUUCGUGCAGCUCAGUGAGGACAUCUUGGCAGAUGACUUUCACCUCACCAAGCUGCAGGUCAAGAAGAUCAUGCAGUUCAUCAAAGGCUGGCGGCCCAAGAUCUGACUUUCCCGCUCGGGGCUGCACAACUGGAAUUUUGGCCCGGAGGCCCCGGGGGACCAGCCCUGGGUCUGCAGGGUGACGGCACCCCCAGAGGCGGGGCCUGCCUGCAGGAAGAACCUAUGCCAAGGCUGAGGCUGCUAAGCAGCCGCGGAGAGUGAAUCCAGGGGAGACACACCUGGAAACGGGGUCCUCUGGGCCAGAGCCCCGCAUGCAUCUUGCCUUUCAGUGUGCAGAGUACGCGGGGAAGGGGCUGGAGGCGCCGGUGCACACCCGGGCCUGGUGACACAUUGCUGCGAUUCCCACGGGGGUUCAAAAGCGGGCCUUCAUGGUGACCUAACAGCCCCCUCCGUCCCGCUGCAGAGCUCCGCUGAUAGCUCGUACUUCAUAGCUUGUAGGUGCAGGCUGGAGACAAGGGAAGAUGGUCCAUGAUCUAAGCACAGAGUCCCCAAGUGCCCUCUCUCCUUUGUGCUCUGUGGGCUUUUGGCCUAGCUGCCCCAGAGUCGGGGUGCCUAUUUCUGUAUCUCGGGGAUGCCCUCCUUUCCCCUCUGCUCCACUGUGUGUUGGGCCCCUGGCCCUGAACACAGGUGUAUCAACUACAAGCCUGUGCCACCACACCCGAGAGGCUCCACCUGUGGGCUCUGGUUCUUGGGUGAUGGCUUUGGAAGAGCCCAGCUCUGCUCUCGACCUGCUUAUCUAGUUAGGGAGGCAGAUGCUCCCCCACGUCUCCAGUGCACUGGCUUCUGACGCGAGCUCACUGCAACUAGACCUGCAUCCUGCCUGUUGGGUCCAGUCCACGAAGACUCUGUGCAAGAGCAGGUGGAUUGAGGGCAGCUGCUCCCUGAUUCUUGAGGCAAGUGGCCUUCCAUCACUCCCAUCGGUCUCCUGCCCCAUCACCUGACCCUGGCAAACACAUGGUGUCCCUUCCUGGCUUUCUGUCACUGGCACAGGUGGGAUGGGGAGGAAAGAGAAAGCACGAUGGCUUGGGAAAACCUGCUUUUUUCCUCCUGGAGUUCAGUCCUCUCGCACCUGUUCACCUGCUUCAAAGCAGGUCUUUGCGCCCUGUAUCUCGAGCACGGUGAUCUGCCAGCAGCCAGAGCAGGUUGGCUGUCGUGUCCGACCACCCAGCCCCCGUGCUCGUCCCCGUCUCACCUACCAGAAGCACACUAAUCCUCCUAGCGUCAGGCCCAGGGGUUAUCAGCCUUUUCGUCUGCCUUACCGAGAUACUUAUCUCCUCUGUUUUUCUAUCUUAAGAGGAGCGAAGCCGGGCUGCUGCUCAUCCCAAGCAGGCUGCCUCAGUGCUGAGGGAAGGGGAGUCAGGAAGUAGAGCACAGAAACUGGGAUGCUGAGACGUUGGGUUUCCUUGCCAAUCACUCAGUGAAUCCUCAAGGGCUAGUGAAAUAAAUGCUAGACCACUGAAGAGUAGUGCAGGUGGAAUUCUGGGCGUCAAUUGUGUUCUUUCAGAGGGCCGUGGGGACCGACUGGCACAAUGUAUGUGCCCGCCGGCAGGAGAGGACUUCAGAAACGCUGUAUGUACACGGCCCACUUGUUCCUCAGAGGCAGCUGGUGGAGUGGCCCUCAUUCCCUUCUGAAAAACCCUCACCAGCCCCUCAACUACAAGAACCCUCAAUUCCCACUGAUGUUUCAACAUAAUUCACACCUACCUAGUGCUGCUAAGUGGAAAGGUCAUACUUCAAAGCUCCAAGCCACUACCCAGGUUUAACUUCCUGCCCUGUCCAAAUACCUGCCUUGAGGCUGCUCACACACCCCCACCCCCAGCCCCCAGAAGCCUGUUAAUGGCCUUGGGGCAGAGGAUCAGUUCUCCACCUUCUGUGGGUCACCUGAAAACUCCCAACUCGGAGAUGCCUUGGUUUUAGAGUCUGGCUUCCUAGCAACCAACUGUUGAGUGUUGAGCAGAACUGGAGCUGAGCUUCCCGCCUGCCAGCCUCCAUAGCAGAGCCAUCCAGGGGGAUAUCUGAAGUACUCGCAGCUGGAGCAGAGGCAGGAGGAACUGGUGACAUCUCAAAGAUGAGACUGCGCGGGGUGUGAUGGGACUUGAAUUAUGAUUCUGCACGCACACGGUGUGGAUCCUUCUGCCAGGCCCAGUGAGGAGCCCAAAGCUGUUUACCUGGACUGGGCCAUGCUUCUGCCAGAACACAAGUGUAGGAACUUUCCACACAGAGGGCAGGGGGAGGGGAAGGGUGGAGGCUCUAGCAGAGGGGAGGUGGCGGUGGGUCACGCGGGAUGCCUGUCAUCACUGUGCAGGCAUCGUCCACCUUCUGUGCUCUGGGGCGGCCAAGACAUGCAGGAUACGCUGGCCAGGAAAACGUCACCUCCUCUGCUUAAUGCCAACGUUCCGCAAACAUCCUGAGGUGCGCACGUGAAUGAGUCACACCAAGGAAAGAACUGGGUGAAACUGUGCAGCGGAAAGGAGUCCUCUAUGCUGGCCCUCCACACCUCUCCCCCUGUUCUGCUUAGCCGGGCCUCUUCCCCACUGUAAGCGGAAGCCCAGCCAAAGCAUUUAAAUACAGCUGGUUUAAAAGGCUUUAGGCUCAUAAAAUCCCACUUGCCAUCAAUGCCGUUUCUCUCUUAAGGUGCUGCCCCAGUACAUUCCUACCCCGCAGCACAGGGCUUUAUUCCAGCUCACCCCUUGAGGAAAGGGGGUUAAACCACAAGGGCAAAGACAGAAGAGAAAGCAGUAGGCAGGCAGAGAAGCUGAUAAAGUGAUUUUUAUCGUUAAGUAUUUGGCUGGGUGCAGAAUUGCCCUCACCACCGUUGGCCACCACUGGUCUCCUGGGAGGAACAGGCAGCAAGGAUGGCUCCAGAGACGCUGCUCCUUGGGGCCUCGGGGCUCACAAAUCCGUGUGCACAGAGGGUUCCACCUUCCAAAGUGAAGUACAAACUGCUUCACAGCCAGACUUCCCUGGGAGGGAGAGAUGCUCACAGCUGAAGGCACGUUAAUCGAGGCGCACACCCAACGCCAGAAUUUGUUUUCCUCUGGUUACUCUGAUAAACCUAGAUGCCACUCUGUCGAGAACCAGCGCUGCCGCGGUUGGCGUUAGUGGGUGAGUGAGCAGGGUUCAGGGCCUGCUCACUGGUAGAACUUCUUGUUAGGGCUGCUGGCGUGGUCCACAAGGAGCUGGCACGGGGUGAACUGUUUUCCAUAGGCAGCCUCGUACUUCCGGAGCCGGUCCACUAUCUUCUGAGCACCAUACAGAUCCACAAAGCGGAAGGGCCCUAAAAGGAGAAAUAGGACGUUGUUCAAGGAGAAGUGAAACGAGCUCCGGGAUGAAGCGAGCUACCUUCCUGACUUGCAAGACCGACCUCCAAGACUGGGGGGGAAGCCAAGCCCGAAGACGGCGCCGAUGUCUCCCUCUGUAGGCGUGGCCAAGACCCCUUCCUGCAGGCACAGGACAGCCUCGUUCACAAAUCUGGUCACCAGGCGGUACUGGAUGUCUUCGUCCGAGGAGCUGCCAACAGGGAGAGACAUUCAGGGAGGGGCAGGGUAAGAGGGGAGGACGCAGGCGCCCCGGUGCAGAAUGGGAGUGAGGGCUGGUGCUGCUGGAGCUCCGGGCCAGCCCUUGUGAACCUCCAAUGCUAGAGAAGGUGCUGCCCUUGGAAGAAGACAGCAGAGGGCUACCUGCCCUCAUUAACCCGAAGCCGGGCACUGAGAACAGGGUCUGGCGGGGUAGACGGCAUCUCUUGCCAUCAGCAGCUGCUGGUUACAAACGAUAACAAACAGUGCGGAGGGAGAGCAGGCCUAGGAGAACCGUGUUUCUAGUUGCUCUCUGGGAGCCUCAGAGGGAAGGCUUCCCAAGGGGUCUUCCCAAGGCUGGGCUGCAGUCCUUACCCUGAGGCCUGGUAGAGGACGAGGUGGAAUGUGGAAGGGCAAAAAGUGUUAAGCAUCAGGAAUGUUCUUUCUGGUCACGUAUGGUGAUCAUUACAAAAAUGAUGGCAGAGGGUCCAAGAAGCUUCGGGCUGGUGAGAAACACGCUUCUGCACCAACAGCCCCUCAAAUGAACUUACACAUCAGGCUGAGAAGGCAUCUUCAGACUUGCCAAAAUACUGUCUAGGUCAGAAUUCAAAUUCUUAUUCUUCACACCCUCCUGGUAGAUGUAAAAGCCCUUCCCGGACUUGCGACCUGAAAGAAGCGAGAAAAGGGAGCGUUAACAAAUUCUCAGAGCCCGGGCCUGAGAGUUCUCUUCUCCGCUAGUCCGUUAUAAAGCUCUAGCCUCUCUUCCGUAUUCCUGAAUUUGUAGAUCUAGCCUACUCUAGAAAUUGGUGUUUGUCAGAAGAGUCGACAGGGAAGGAAAAAAGAGCUUGUGUGUCCUGGAGCUUGGAAAUCUGUGUAUCUGGGUAGGAAAGGCCAGGUGGGUGAGUUUUAAUGUCCAGGUAUGCAACACCAGGUCCUAGGAUGCCCGGGUCCUAGUGUUGAUUUUGUUGCUACUUUGCCGAGAGAGAAAGCCACCUCUCUGGUGGGCCUCAAUUGCAUCCUCUACUUAGAGGUUUACUUCCUCCACAAAGGUGGUCAGACAACAUGGAAAGCCUGGACACAACGCUCCUGCAGUAUCACGGGUGUAGUAGAGGCCUUGGGCACGAUGAAAUGCCUGUCAAUUUUGCAUAGCUUGGGCAACGGCAGAGCCUCAGGAGUCCAGAGUUCUGCCUUUUGUCCAUAAUCUACAGGCCCAGCCUAAAAAGAGGUGGCCAUGAGAAAUCAUUUUUAAAUUCCCUAUGACAGUGGGCUCUACGUUUAGAAAACACACUCUUCCACGUGGGCCUUCUGUCACGAAUGAUGCUAGUUACGUUUCUUUGCGGCUACUCACCCAGGAAGCCCUUGGAUAUCAUCUGCUUCAGCACUUCUAGGCUUCCACCUGCAAACCGCUCCCCAAACACUUUGCCUAGAUUUUCUGCUACGUGUUUUGCUACAUCCACGCCAACUUCAUCCACCAGUGUAGCAGCGCCCACAGGAAAGCCAAAGCUUGUGGUCAGGGAAUCCAGCUUCUUAGGGCCAACUCCUUCCUGGAUUGGAAGUAAAGCCGCAGCUCAGGGAGGGCUGUCCCAGAUUCCCCUAAGGGCUCCUUGUGCUGCCCUCACAAAUGGCCUUGGGCAGCACCCACUUCUCUUCUGGGUGCCGCCUCGCCAGGCCCAGGAAUGGGACUGUUUCACUCAGGGAAGCACAAAGAGGCUUGGGAGCCACAAGGGGAAAGUCCGAGCCUUUCCUAACCUACAGAAUUUUAAGGAAGUCUAGAGAUGAACAAAUUAUUCAUUUCCUUCUUGUUCGCAAUUCUGGAUCUCAUGAAUAACGAGAUUCCACGCCAGACAGGGCUAAGUUUCCCGAUGCUGAGAGAAGAGACAUUACCGAGGAGCAGUACUGUAGAGUCCUGUGAUGCCCAGGUGUGAUAAGACCCCAGGGAGGAGUGGCCACGCGCUUCCCACCAGUGACCAACCUGUACGGCCACUGGAGGGGUCUGCGUGCAGCAGAAACGGGUGUAGCACCAAUCCGACCAAAUGGGCCCUGUUCUGGAUGGGGACGCAGAAACCGCGCACAGAGCAUGUCGGAGGCCUUUGGCUUAUUGGAGCAGGGAGGACGCUAAGGGAGCAGAGGUAAAAUUCUGCCCAUUUUAGUGCAGUGUUAGCCCAUGACUUCCCAGCCCUGUGUGGAAAGAGAGGGCACCAAAGGGCCUUGGAGAAGAGAUAGGAGUCAGUGUGUUAGAAGGAAGCCUGCUCCUCACCUUAACAUUACCAGUUUGGAAAACUAGUUGAAAGAGUGGAAGAUGCCUCAAACAUUCUGAGAUUGAUACCAACCUGGAGAAUUCUGAUGACUUCAGACAUCAUGGGUGCGAGGCACCUGGUGGUAUAGAAGCCAGGUCCGUCCUGCCAAGGGAGAGAAUAUGAGCUCAUGGGCCCCUCAGUUGUGGCCACUUCCCAGGUCUGAAAGCGGUCUCUCUCCCCCGGAAGCCACUUCAAAACUCAAGGUGAUUUAUAAUCUCCAUCAGAAUCCUUAAUAUUAAACUGCAGGGGAAGCCACAGCCAGGGGCAGCCUGGCUUGAAUCCACGAGCACAGCAGACAGCCUCACAGUCAUCUGAAAGGUCUGGAAUGGCUGGGAGAACCCGCCAUGUCCCAGCCCCUAACUCAGCGGUCCACCACUGUCCAUACUGUAGACCACCAAGGGGAAAUAAUAUCAAAAGCUGGUAUAUUUAAACUCAAGAGUUACAAGCAAACCUGGAAAUAUAAGGAGUCUUCAUGGAACUUUUCUGAAUCUGCUGCUCUGACACACAGCUCCUUACCUUAACCACAAUGAUGACCUUGCCCUGUUUGAGACCAACUUCUACAGCAGAAGCAGUUGUGUCCUUAGAAGUUUUCUGAGUUGUGAUAAUCUCCAGUAGCUGCAUCUUGUCCACAGGAGAGAAGUAGUGCAUGCCAAUCACCUGGGAGGGGCCAAACACCGACAGAUUGAAGAACUCUGAGAGGGGAAACUAACAGCAUUCUUUUUUUUGCUAGGAAAGCACUGCAGAGAAAGGCGAUUGUAAUACAGGAAUACUGCUUGGUACCGUCAAGUGGUUUGGUGCCAUGGUUCUUUGAUUAAAAGUCCAGUAUGUUCAGGGGAGAGCUAACUGGAAUGCUCUUCCAUCUGCUUCUAGGGCUUUUCACUAAGGGCAAUGGAUCCUACCAACAGUUAAUGCCAAAAUCGCAGCUAAAGGCCAAAUUAGAUUUACUGGGGAAGAAUGAACGAGGGUUCCAUUUAUAUUAAUGAUGCUGAUGGUUUGGGUGAGAGGGUCCAUUUUUUAUGGGGUGUGGGGGGAGACAGGCAGAAGCAUUACUUACUAUGCUGGACUGUCAGAGAUACAUUCGGAUUUUACGUCGAUGCAUCUCACCACCAGGAUACUGUCAGCCCUUCGUAUCCACAGAUUUCGCAUACACAGGUUCAACCAACCGCAGAUCCAACUGGUUGAAUCAGAUUCAACUGGUCUGACUCCUUGGAUCUGAAACCUGAGGAUACAGAGGGCUGCCCGUGUUCACUGUGCUACAUACACUAUUUUCUAUAAGGGACUUGAGCUUCUGUGGAUUUUGGUAUCUCCUGGUGGUCCUGGAACUAAUCCCCCACAGAUACCCAGGGAUGACCUUACUGGGUUUAAAUAACAUUUCUUAACACUCAAAUUCCCUCAAGGCUCAUUAAACCGAUGACUCUCAAAGUCAAGUACCCGGACCAGCCUCACUAGCAUCACCUGGGAAUGUCAGAACUGCAAAUUCUCAGGGCCUCCCCAGGCAUUCUGAAUGAGGAACUCCGGGGGCAGGGCCCAGAUCUGGGUUUAAGAAGCCCUCCAGGUGAUUCUGAUACAUGCUCAAGUUUGAGAACAGCCUCAUUAAGCUAACGAUUAGAUAGUCUUCACAACUGAACUGUGAAAGAAGUCUAUCCAUUAAUUUAUAGUUUUGCCUCCACUCCCCACUUUAGCUAUAAGGUAUUAACUACUAUCUGCCACUGACCGACUGCUUACUGUCCACAACUCAUUAACACAUUUAUCAUUUAUCCUUUCCAUUUAAUCCACUACAACUCGGUGAACUAGUCAGUCUAAUUACCUAGAUGAGGAAGAAAGACAUCAGGAGGUUAAAAUUAGUAGCUCAGGGUCAGUCAGUAAAUGGCAGAGUGGGAUGCCAUCAAGGUCGGCCUGUCUCCACAGCCUGCCCACUUCCCGUUGUGUAACACACAGGUCACUUGCAUGUUACAUCAACUUAUCAAUCCAAAAGUUGCUUCUAACCUCUAAAUUAUCCUUCUACUUCUGUCUAAAAUACUUAAAAAGACAGGACCUGAUUCAGACUGCACUCCUCAGCAAAAGGAAUUAGCCUUUACCAUGUAUAAUUUAUACACAAUAAAAUGCACAGAUCUUGAUUACAUAUUCUUUGUAAUAAUCAUUAGUGGGACUUCUGGGAAGAUGGCGGAAGAGUAAGACGCGGAGAUCACCUUCCUCCCCACAGAUACACCAGAAAUACAUCUACACGUGGAACAACUCCUACAGAACACCUACUGAAGGCUGGCAGAAGACCUCAGACCUCCCAAAAGGCAAGAAACCCCCCACGUACCUGGGUAGGGCAAAAGAAAAAAAUAAACAGAGACAAAAGGAUAGGGAUGGGUCCUGCACCAGCGGGAGGGAGCUGUGAAGGAGGAAAAGUGUCCACACACCAGAAAGCCCCUUCGCGGGCGGAGACUGCGGGUGGCGGAGCAGGGGAGCUUCGGAGCCGCGGAGGAGAGCACAGCAACAGGGGUGCGGAAGGCAAAGCGAAGAGAUUCCAGCACAGAGGAUCAGGGCCGACCGCCACUCACCAGCCGAGAGGCUUGUCUUUUCACCCGCCGGGGCGGGCGGGGCUGGGAGCUGAGGCUCGGGCUUCGGUCGGAGCGCCGGGAGAGGACUGGGGUUGGCGGCGUGAACACAGCCUGCUGGGCGUUAGUGCACCGCGGCUAGCCGGGAGGGAAUCCGGGGAAAAGUCUGGACCUCCCGAAGAGGCAAGAGACUUUUUCUUCCCUCUUUAUUUCCUGGUGCGCGAGGAGAGGGGAUUAAGAGUGCUGCUUAAAGGAGCUCCAGAGACGGGCGCGAGCCGCGGCUAAAAGCGCGGACCCCAGAGACAGACAUGAGACGCUAAGGCCGCUGCUGCCGCCACCAAGAAGCCUGUGUGCGAACACAGGUCACUAUCCACACCCCCCUUCCGGGGAGCCUGUGCAGCCCGCCACUGCCAGGGUCCCGGGAUCCAGGGACAACUCCCCCGGGAGAACGCACGGCGCGCCUCAGGCUGGCGCAAUGUCACUCUGGCCUCUGCCGCCGCAGGCUCGCCCUGCACUCCGUGACCCUCCCUACCCCCGGCCUGAGUGAGCCAAAGCCUCCGAAUCAGCGGCUCCUUUAACCCCGUCCUGUCUGAGCAAAGAACAGACGCCCUCUGGCGACCUACACGCACAGGCGGGGCCAAAUCCAAAGCUGAGCCCCUGGGAGCUGUGAGAACAAAGAAGAGAAAGGGAAAUCUCUCCCAGCGCCUGAGAAGCAGCGGAUUAAAGCUCCACAAUCAACUUGAUGUACCCUGCAUCUGUGGAAUACAUGAAUAGACAACGAAUCAUCCCAAAUUAAGGAGCCGUGUGGAUGAAAGGCUCUUGGUGCUGCAGCCAGGAGUUAGUGCUGCGCCUCUGAGGUGGGAGAGCCAACUUCAGGACACUGGUCCACAAGAGGCCUCCCAGCUGCACAUAAUAGCAAACAGCAAAAAUCUCCCAGAGAUUUCCAUCUCAACACCAGCACCCAGCUUCACUCAACGACCAGCAAGCUACAGUGCUGGACAUCCUAUGCCAAACAACUAGCAAGACUGGAACACAACCCCACCCAUUAGCAGAGAGGCUGCCCAAAAUCAUAAUAAGUCCACAGACACCCCAAAACACACCACCAGACGUGGACCUGCCCACCAGAAAGACAAGAUCCAGCCUCAUCCACCAGAACACAGG